UAAAAAACGGAGUAAAACAGUCUUCAUCGCAGCCGUCAUCUCCUUUGAUAGAAGAUAGAAGAUGCCAUACAGAGACUUCCGGAGGUCACAUACCUUAGUAACCGGCCGUUUCCACACCAAUAGGAAUGGAGCCUUAAGCUCUUCCGCAGAAGAAAACCGACAUGGUCCCAUGUCGAAUCCAACUGCUCUGGAAGAGUGGAAGGCUGCUCCUUCCCCAAUCCACAUACAUGCGGGUAAUUGUUAAGUAUGAGGUGAACCUCUGUUAUGAUGGAAUCAAGCUUUUGAAGUGUCAAAUCAAUUUUGUGAACUCAUAAAAUUUAGGGCGGAGUUACAGAGCUGCUAUUAAAAUGGAGGUUUGAUUUAUUUGUCUGAGCAUUUACUGUGAUUGAAAUAAACAUUAAACUAUCAGGGAAAGGAAAUGGCGGAGAGCCCGAGACUGGUAAACCUUUUCCCAAAUUUGAUUACGUUUCGAGUAAAACUACCAACAUUUCCGAAUUCCGAGGCUGGAGCUCUUCGUCACCAUACGUUACAUCCGUUACUAAUUACGGAUAAUAUUAUAUUAUUUUCUUCUAAUUAGCCGUGGAACAGUGGAAGAAACGUAUCAACGUGUCAACCUGGGGGAGCAUCAGCAUUGGAGCAGGUGACGAAUCUGCCUAUAAAAGUAGCAGCAGCGGUGGUCUUCUGGAGUAGGAACUCUUGAGAAUCUGAACAUUAGAAAAUGGACGGAGUAUCUGCUGUUGCUGCAAUGGGGACUCCGGCGAGUUUGGUUUCCAGAUUGGUUGUGACUGUUUGCUCCAUUGCCUCUCUGCUCAUCAUCUGCUAUUCCUCUCAGUCCGAUGACUCCUACGAGUCCUAUUCCUUCUGGCUUUUGGUUAGUGUAAUGGCAUUGCUAAUACCAUGGAGUUUGGCAACGGCCGUUGCGGAUUGCUACGUCAUCUUCGUUCUCAGAAAUCAAACCCGGCAUCCUGGGUUAACUCGUGCUGUUAUCGCAACAGAUUGGAUGUUUGCAUUCUUUUCUUUCGCCGCAUCCUCGGCCACUGCUAGUACAGCAGAUUUCCUGUUCCCUGCCUGUGGGAUCACAGCAUGCCAUCAUUAUCAGAUAGCGGCUGCAGCAGGCUUCUUAUGCUAUGUGCUUCUGUAUGGUUGCUCUCUAUUCAAUCUAUGGAUCCUUCCGUGGCUAUAAUGAUGAGUUUUACUUUUUACUGCAUGACAGACUUUAGACUCAAAUUAUAUACCUAUUUAUAACUAAUUUUCGAUUUUAAAUGUAAUCAUUUAAAGCAUUACUGGUUUAGUAUAUUUGUAGCAGUUGUUAGAUAGUGUUAUCUUUUUGGAAUGAUUUUCCCC